AUGGUGCAAAUGCGGGAGUGAUUCACUCCCGCAACAUUUGCGCUCAUUCUAAACAUUUCCUGACUUUCUUUACGUAAAUAAAAUGAUAUUCUAUGUUUCUUAGUCAAUAUAUAAAUUUACAACCUGCAACUUAAGAUUUGUGAGGCUCUAUUCUACCGUUUUCAACAAUUUCGAUAAAUUCCAAUUUCUCGAUUCAUAUUUGUGCGCCAUGUUUGAUGUACUGAAGUUUCAACUUCCGAUUGUCAAGUCAUUUGCAUAUGCCAUAUAAGGUAGUAUUUACAUCAAUGGACAAGUAUGGAGGCGAAAGCUAUUUCGUCGGUAUUGAAAAGGGGAAAGGCAAAACUAAAGCAGCAAAGACAUACUCGGCAAUGAAACGAAUGAUAAACUUGAAAGAUUCACGUAUAAAAUACCAAGAGCGACAGAAAAAGAAAAGGAAAUCAAAGAAGCCUAACUCACAGAAUAUCACAGAAAGAAAUCUACCUCAAGCUUCUUCAGCCAUGUUUUUCAAAUACAACACCCAGCUUGGACCUCCAUACCACAUCAUUGUAGACACCAACUUCAUCAACUUUUCUAUCAAAAAUAAACUGGAAGUGAUACAGUCUAUGAUGGAUUGCCUUUAUGCUAAAUGUAUACCUUAUAUCACUGACUGUGUUAUGGGGGAAUUGGAGAAGUUGGGGUCCAAGUACAGAGUAGCACUGAGGAUAGCAAGAGAUCCGAGAUUUAAAAGGUUGCCCUGUUUACAUAAAGGGACCUAUGCUGAUGACUGCAUUGUACAAAGAAUUACACAGCACAAAUGUUACAUCGUUGCCACAUGUGAUAAAGACUUGCGGAGAAGAAUACGUAAGAUUCCAGGCGUACCUAUUAUGUACUUACAACAGCGCAGAUACUCCAUAGAGAGAAUGCCAGAUGCUUUUGGAGCCCCCAAAACGUGAUUAAAGAAAGUAAAGGAGGAUGAAAAGAUCGCGAUUGUUGUAGAAUUAUUGUUGUUUUCAUUUGAUUUUAAAUAAAAAUGAAAAAUUUUCA